AUGUUGUCACGAGUGGCCCGUCAGAAAAAUGCCUUGUUCAACCUUCGGAAGGCCAAUGCUCACAGAGUAUUGGGCGCAUCGCCAACUUUGCGCCUUCAUUCAACUACAGCCAGGAUAGGGCCUAGUCUGAAUACUGAAAAUAAUAAGAUAUCUGAGCGGCGUCGUAGACCGUCUUUUCAAUCGCAUCGAAGCCUCGCAACCGCGGCCGAUCCAUCCGUUAUGGAACCAUCGCCCUAUACACACGACGCUGCGUUUUCUAUUCCCCAAUCAGAAAACUUGCAUCCGGAAUUUUUUAACCCUUACCAUCAAGCCUCACUCCUUAUUCUUGCAGACACACCCAAAACACAAUCCAGAGUUUUCCGCAAAGUUCGAGGCGUUGGUGGUGACGAGGAUGAGAUGAUGGCAAAUUUCGAAAUCUCACUAAGAGUUCGGCGGUUCGAUCGAGCUGCGGCUUUGCUCAAUCGCCUGGGAACUCAAUGCCCCGUUGAAUCUCCCGAAUAUCUGAAUCUUCACAACCGUUACUUGAAGGAGAUGGUGUCGUACAUGAUUAUAACCCGACAAUCCGGGAAAGUUCCACAACUGCAGAGAUGGUUCGAGGUCGAUAUGCCUGCCGGAGGUGUGAAGCCUGACGCCACCACUUACUCCGUCAUGAUUCGAAUGUCACUCCGUCUGCUUCAUGGGUCCAAGCGGGAGAGGUCAGUCCGCCGUUAUUGGGAACUUGCUAAGGAGAAAGAUCUCCAUGAGGAGCUUCUAGCAAGUGAAGUACUUUCCGACUUUGAUCUGGGUGAAUUAGUCAAGAUUUGCUCAGCCGACUUGGGCCACGCUGCGUUUAACUUCAUGAGUAUCGAGGAACCUAAAGCCGAGGAAAUUACGGUCACCGACAACUUUGCCGAAGUCCUAGCUACAAGCCAGAGGGGUCUUGGUCUUUCAACCUUGAAAAAGUCACUAUCCCUCUUCUCGGACAACUCUCAACUACAAACUACAUCUGAUAACCUCGAACUUGACGACCAUGAACGGGAAGAAUUACAAAGAAAGCUUAGACAAAAGCAACUUGAGGCUGAUACGGUAUCCUCGUCUUUGGAACGUUGGCGCUACGAGUUUGAAGAAGCGCAGAAAUCUGGAAAUACUGGGAAACUGAGCCAGAUCACAAGCCAAUGGGUCAUUAAUCUCCAAGCAAAGAUUGAAGAUGAGCUGAGGCUUGCUGACGAAGCUGAAGGAAAGCCAAUCCGCACAUUGGAACAAAAAAAUCGUGCCGAGUACGCCAUAUUUCUUCGGUGCUUGAGUGCCGAUCGUCUUGCUGCUAUCACCAUCCUUGCAGUUAUGAACUUGUUCAGUCGGGCCGGCAUGGAAAAGGGUCUUAAGCUCUCAAUGAUCUCCUCGGGCAUUGGUCGAGAAGUUCAAGACGAAUUGGUUGCCGCUUCAUACCUAAAGAAGAACUCAACCUCAAACAUAUACCGUAAGAAGAUGCUGAAAGAACUUCUUGCUGGUCGCAAGGGGAAGGAUGAGCGAUUGCGUUGGAAGAAGCUAUCGGAAGGCAUGCAGGAGGAAGACCCUUCUCUGUCCUGGAGUUCCCGGGUCACCGUUAGGCUUGGAGCGGCAUUGAUGUCUCUCUUAUUUGAUGUUGCUAAAACACCCGUCAAAAUCACAAAUCAGCAAAACGGGAAAACCACGACAUCUAUGCAACCUGCCUUCCUUCACGGCUACGAGGUUAGAUUUGGAAGACGGUUGGGUCUCUUACACAUGCACCCGCAAUUCGUUCAAUCUGUCACCAAAGAACCAUCUCCAAGCGUUAUUGGCCGUCAUCUGCCAAUGGUUUCCACUCCUCAGCCUUGGACAGGAAUCAGAACUGGCGGGUACUUACUCUAUACGACCCCUAUUGUCCGUUCUACCCCCGGUGAAACCUUACAGCCGGCUUAUAUCAAGGCGGCUUUGGAAAAUGGUGACAUUUCAGAAAUUCUGAAAGGCCUCGACGUGCUUGGAAGUACUGGCUGGGUGAUCAAUGAAGAUGUUUUCCAAGUAAUGCUUGAGGCUUGGAACUCCGGCAAGGAGAUCGGUAAUCUCGCACCGCUCGAACCAGAACGCGAAAUGCCACCGCAGCCUGGUCCGGAUGCUGACUAUGCCACUGAAAAGCAAUGGCAACUUAAGAUACGUGAUAUCGAAAACGAGAAGGCUGGUCUUCAUUCCCAGCGAUGUUUCCAAAAUUUUCAGCUAGAAGUGGCGCGCGCGUUCCGCAAGGAGACUUUCUAUCUUCCUCACAAUAUGGACUUCCGCGGCCGAGCUUAUCCACUGCCCCCAUACCUGAAUCAGAUGGGAGCUGAUAAUGCUCGUGGCUUACUCUUAUUCAGCAAGUCUAAGCCUCUUGGAGCCAGUGGUUUGCGAUGGUUGAAGAUUCAAGUUUCCAACUUGGCCGGUUUCGACAAGGCAAGCAUGUCGGAGCGUGAGCAGUUUGCGAUGGACAAUCUUGACCUUAUUUUGGAUUCCGCCAACAAUGGUCUCCAUGGAAAGCGAUGGUGGCUGAAAGCUGAAGAUCCUUGGCAAUGCUUGGCCGCUUGCUGCGAACUCAGGAAUGCCAUGCGCUUGUCUGAUCCUACCAAAUACGAGUCUCGCCUCCCUAUUCACCAGGAUGGCUCCUGUAACGGUCUUCAACACUAUGCUGCUCUUGGUGGUGACCUUGUUGGUGCUCAACAAGUUAACCUUGAGCCGUCCGAUCGACCAUCUGACGUUUAUACUGGUGUUUCCGAAUAUGUCAAGCAGGCUGUGACUGAAGAUGCCGCCAAUGGUCAUGCAAUUGCCAAGCUCCUUGAAGGCCGUGUUACCCGCAAAAUUGUGAAGCAAACAGUCAUGACCAAUGUGUACGGUGUGACAUUUAUUGGUGCAAUGAGACAAGUUCGCAGGCAGCUCAACGAAUACUGCGAAGAUCUUUCAACUGAUGAGAGAAAGGCGGCUGCCAUUUACAUUUCUAGAAAGAUUUUCGGGGCCUUGGGAACUAUGUUUAACGGAGCUCAUGAUAUCCAAUAUUGGCUCGGCGACUGUGCCAGUCGUAUCACCCAAUCUUUGACUCCGGACCAAAUUGAGGAAAUUGCGAAAGAUAUACUGAUGCCCAAUUCGCCCACGGAUGGUACCUCAGGUGAUCAUCGCACGACGGAUUCCUCCCUUGAUCCAGUCAAGAGAUUCCGGUCAACUGUCAUCUGGACCACGCCUCUUGGUCUCCCUGUGGUUCAGCCAUACCGCACUCGCAAGUCACGACGUGUCAGCACUACUCUGCAGGACAUUAACAUUGUGGAAGGUGGCUCUGAUGACGUCAUCUCUAGACGCAAGCAACUCCAGGCCUUCCCACCAAACUUCAUUCACUCACUUGAUGCCACUCACAUGAUGCUGUCUGCUAUCGCAUGCAAAGAGGCUGGUCUCGAAUUUUCCGCUGUCCACGACUCCUUCUGGACCCACGCGGGCGACGUCGAUUCCAUGAACAAAAUUCUUCGUGAGGCAUUCGUGAAGAUGCAUUCUGAUGAUAUCAUCGGACGUCUCGGUGCGGAGUUCGAUGUCCGAUUUAGCAGAAACCUAUUCCUGGCGAAGGUUAACGCAUCGAGCAAGAUCGGUAAAGCUAUUCUGCAGUCACGUGAAACACCCCAAUGGAGAAACAGCAUGAAGGUUGUGGAGCUUAUUGACGAGCAUAAGCGACAGACACUCCUUCGCUCUGAGGAUCCAGUGGAACAGGCCGAAGGCCGCGAAAUGGAAACACCUGCCAGCAUAUUCGAAGCAAUGGAUGGUGCAGAUGAUGACUUGUGCAUUCCAAGCACAUUGGGAUCUACGGGAGUGGGUCAUGUUCCAGAUAACCUGGCUGCUGCCGAGCGCCGACCUGAUGCUACUGGCUUCGACAGUAGCGACCCAGCUCUUGAGGGUCUCUUCGGCGACUUCAAAGACGAUAUCUCGAAUGACAGUACUAUGGGAUUAGACAAUACUGCAGAAGAAGCCACACCGCAGAAGAAGCUUCAGAAGCGCUACGUGUAUUUCUGGAUGCCGUUGAAAUUCCGGUCAGUCCCUAAAAAGGGUGAUUGGGACUUGCAGCGCAUUCACAAAAGCGAGUACUUUUUCUCAUGA